UAUCUCUAUUUCAAUCUAUAUCUAUCUAUUUCAGCUUAUAUCUAUCAUCUAUCUAUCUAUCAAUCUAUCUACCCAUCCAUCCAUCUAUCCAUCAUGUCUGUUUAUCAUCUGUCUGUCUGUCUAUCUAUCUAUCUAUCUAUCUAUCUAUCUAUCUAUCUAUCUAUCAUCUAUCUAUCUAUCUAUCUAUCUAUCUAUCUAUCUAUCUAUCAUAUGUAUCUUAUCAGUCUCAUUGAAUAAUAGAGACCUAGGGCUGGAAGGGACAUUGGAGGUCUUCUAAUCCAACCCCCUGCCCAAACAAGAAAUUCUAUACCAUUUCAGAUAGAUGAUUGUCCAAUCUCUUCUUGAAGCUCCCACAAUUUCUGGAGGCAAGUUGUUCCACUGGUUAAUUGUUCCCACUGUCAGGAAGUUUCUCCUUAGUUCUAGGUUGCUUCUCUCCUUGAUGAGUUUCCAUCCGUUCCUACUUGUCCUGCCUUCAGGUGUUUUGAAAAUAAGUUGACCCCUUCUACUUUGGGGGCAGCCCCUCAAAUAUUGGAAGACUGCUAUCAUGUCACCCAUAGUCCUUCUUUCUGUUAAACUAGGCAUACCCAAUUCCUGCAACCGUUCUUCGUACGUUAAUCGGUAGACCAAAAGGUAGCUAGCUAGUAAGCCAUGCACUUCUCACAGUUUACUAAAAGCUGGGAUGAAUCAGAUCUCCUGCCUUAGCAGGUUAGACUAGAAGACCUCCGAGGUCCCUUCCAGUGAGACAUUUGUGGAGCGAAUUUUGCCCCAUUUUACGACUUCUCCUGGGGCACAGUUGUUAAAAUGAAUUGUGGCAGCUGUUAAGUGAGUCACACCAUCUUUCAGUGAAUCCAGCUUCUUCCCCACCCCCCUUGACUUUGCUUGUCGGAAGGUCGCAAAAGAGGAUCUCGCAUGACCCCGGGAGGGGGACACUCUGCGACGGUCGUAAAUGUGAGUCGGUGGCCAAGCAUCCGAAUGUAAAUCAUGACAUGACCCCCGGGGAUGCUGCAACGAUCCUAAGUCACUUUUUUCAGUGCCGUUGUCACUUUGGCCACUAAGCGAAUUGUCGUCAGUCCUAAAUUGUUGUAAGCCGUAAGCCGUAAAUAUACCAGCUGUAUAUUUUCCUGUUUUAAGAAAAAAAACCCACCCCAAGUUUUACAUCUUAGGAAAACACCCUCUGAUCUCUUGACCCUUUAUUUAUUAAUUUUUUUAAUUGAAUUCUUUUUUGUUAAUUGCAUUUCUUAGCGCUUAAUAAAUAUCAUGUUGUCUGGGCGUUUAAUUUGCUUAACAUUACUAAUUAUAUUCUUAAUCUCCGCGCCUUUUUCCCCCAGCCACUGGUAAAAUAAGUUCCAUGUUUGAUCAUAUUCUGUGUCUUCUUUCUGCUUAAUCUUCAAUGUCAAUCUAUCCAUUUCUGCCCAAUCUUCUUAAUUAACUCUUUGUCUCGCGGCAUUUCUUCAUUUUUCCAACGUUGUGCAAAUAUGUAAUCCUUGCUGCUGUCAAUUCGUGUAAUAUUAAAUGCAUACUUUUCUUAUCUAAUUUUUUUUUCUGAUAUUAUACCUAAUAAAAACAGUUCAGGUUUAAAAUCUACAUGUUUCCCUAUCAUCUUUUCUAACCAUCUUUGCCCCAAUUUUGUUUCCUGACCUUGUCGGUUAUACUUUACAAGACUCUUAAGCCAGCAGGGGAAAAAAAAAUAAAUAGAUAAUUUGAGGGGCAACGGCGAGAAAUCCUGUAAUAAAAUUCCCUCCCCAUCCUAAAAAAAAAAAAAACACCACAAAAAACCCCCACACACAUUUCUGUGGCAUCUCUGCCCAGUGACGUUACUAGCCAACAUUAUCUCAUUCCAAAGAGAAUCCGAUCUUCAUCCAAAGCUCCGUCUCUUUUCGGAUUUACGUUAUAAAGCCAUUAACGUAUCAUUUCCUCCCUCUCGGUCUCUCUCUCUUUCCCCGUUCCCCCCUAUAUAAAUAAAUAAAUAUCUAUAUAUAUAUGUGUGUGUGUAAAAUAUAUAUAUAUAUAUAUCUCCAAGGCUGGGCAGGAGAAAGCAGGUGUUUUUCCGUAGAGAACACACAAGGCAGCUUAUCAAAAAAAGAAUCUGAGGAAGACAAACCGAACUUCGGAUCACCUGGGAAUGUCUUCAAUCUUGACCUAAAAGAUCGAGCGAGAAUUUGCAGGUGCACCUUGGCUUCCCCCCAAAAAAAAAAACGGUUUCAGGCUCCGUGGCACCAUGAUGACCCCCUCAAGACUCCUUCUCCUUCUCCUGGUUCUCUCCACCUUGAAGACGGGCUGGUCUUUCAACGCCGACUCCAUCUUCAGCUGCCUCAGCUCUGCUCUCUCCCAGGCCAAGGAGGACCUCAUGGCGGAGAACUCUGUCCUGGAGAAGAGGACCUUCAUGGUCCCUCUGGAGGGUGAAGAAGACUCCGACUCCUCGGAAGACACGGGGACAGAGAAAGAGAAACGGACUUUCCCGGCCGUCACGCGCUACGUCUCCCUCGCCCAGUCCAAAGGGAAGAUGUCCCACAACCAAGCCAAGAACGACCGACGCGCUAAGUUCACUCUUUCCUUGGACGUCCCAACCAAUCUCAUGAACAUCCUCUUCCAUAUUGCCAAGGCCAAGAACCUCAGGGCCAAAGCCGCCUCCAACGCUCAGCUGAUGGCCCAGAUCGGCCGGAGAAAGUGAUGGAAGAGUCAGGAGAGAGAUGGCCAAGGAGUAGGCCUCAACCCCACCUCCAGAAGAUCUUCAGGGAUGGGAUUGUCCACUCUCGUACGCCAGAGAUGGUCUCUUUUCUCCGUCUCUUGAAGCUCCCCAACCUUCGUUCCUUCUUUCUUUCUCCAUCUCAUCCUUCUUCUUCUCAAGUUUCACCCCCGAGGAACUUUGGCUAAGUGGAACUUAGGAGGCUUACCCUCCAAAAAAAAAAAUGUUAAGGAGAAAAAUGUUCCUUGCUUUACACACAUGAUGCAGGUCCCAAUUAAAGCAAAUUCUCUUGA